AUGAGGCCAGCAAAAUCCGACGAGGUUAGCGCGCUGCUUAUCGGAGUCUUGGCGAAGUCGUUAUCGGGACCAUGCGUCAAUGAAACUCCGCCGGAGAAGGGCAUCGUCUUUCCCUUCUACUUAAACUCUCCCCUCUUCCCAUUUCUUUCCCACACUUUCAAUUCCUUCAUUCCACACUCCAAAAUGUCCUCCGUCGCCCGUGCUAUCCGUCCCUUUGCCUCUCGGGUCCUUGCCCAGAAGCCCAUUGCUCCCAUCUGCCAGGCUUCGCCCGCUUUCCGUUUCCCGCGGGGAACCAGGACCUUCUCCCAGAGCCCUCUCUCUCAGCUGAAGAAGUACACCGAGUCACACGAAUGGAUUGAGCUGGCCGACGGUGGAAAGACUGCCAAGAUCGGUAUCACUGACUACGCCGCCCACUCUCUGGGUGAUGUCGUCUACGUCGAGCUUCCCGAGGAGGGUCUCGAUGUCUCUGCCGGUGAGCCCGUUGGAGCCGUUGAGUCCGUCAAGUCUGCUUCCGAUGUCCUUUCCCCCGUCGCCGGUAAGGUCAUUGCCGGCAACAGCAUCCUCGAGGACAAGGCUAAGACCAUCAACGAGAGCCCCGAGGGUGAGGGAUGGAUCGCCGAGAUCGAGGUCGCUGACGUUGCUGAGCUCGAUGCCCUCCUCGACGAAGCUGCCUACAAGCAGACCAUUGAUGCUUAA